AUGUCACUGCCGCUCACGCCACACGGCCGCGAGGGGUGCAACCUGCCGUCUCCGACACUGACGCCGCGACACAGUGCGUACGCGUGCGUUGACGACGACGACGACGAUACUCGUGCCAAGUACGACUUGCCCGUGGACGCCCAUCAGUUUGACCGCGCGACCAUUCUCAAGCCCACGAGUUGGCUCCGACCGCACAUGCGCAUCUUUUACCUCUCGUGGCUGUCGGCCAUCACGGGUUUCUUCGGGUGGUACGCCAUCCCGCCGCUCAUGCCCGUGAUCAAGACGCAGCUGCACCUGACAGACGGCCAAGUGCUGAACUCGGACAUUGCCAGUACUGCCAGUACCAUCUUGUCCCGCAUUGCAUCGGGCCCAGUGCUCGAUCGCUACGGCCCGCAAGUCGUGCAGAGCACUGUGCUCUGGGUCGGUGCUAUUCCCGUCAUCUGUGCCGCUUUUGUGAGCUCAGCCACGAGCUUAGUGCUCGUGCGGUUCUUCAUUGGCCUCGUGGGCUGCGUCUUUGUCUCGAGCCAAUACUGGACCACCAUCACCUUUGCCCGCAACGUUGCGGGCACGGCCAACGCUGUUACCGGCGGCCUCGGUGUCUCGGGCAUUGGCUUUGCGUUCCUCGUGCUGCCAUUCAUUUACGAAGCUAUGAUUCAUGGAGAUCGUGUGUCGGCCGAUCUUGCCUGGCGACUCACGAUUGCGCUGCCGGCAGUGCUUAUGGUCAUCAUGGGAACGGUCAUCCGCUUCGCCGUGGACAGCUGUCCCACUGGCGAUUUCCAAGAGCUCAUGAAGAUGAAGCGACGGGCGGAACAAGACAGCAGCAAAGGCACUGCGGCUCGAACGAGCGUCAGCGGGAGCUUGACGGCGAUGCGUCCCGUGACACCAAAAUCUGGAGGCGACCAGUGCGAGUCCAAGCCGGCCAUGUCCAUGCUGCAGUCGUUCAAGAUCGUCUUGACCGACGUCAAUGUCCUCGUCAUGAUUGCUCAGUACGCAGCUGCCUUUGGCACGGAACUGCAGCUGAACAACAUGGGCGCUCUGUACUUUCACACGCAGUUUCCUCAAGAAGGGUGUCUACCAGCGGACAGCAAGCUAUGUUACAUGCUGUCGACGACCACUGCUGCGACUGUGGCAUCGUCGUUUGGACUCAUGAACAUCUUUGCUCGCGCGCUCGGUGGCUUGGCAUCGGACCGUGUGAACUCCCGACUUGGCAUGGCGGGCCGCAAGCGCGUACAGUUUGCGCUCUUGUGCACGUUGGGGUUGCUCGUGAUCACAUUGAGUCAACUCGAGUCGCUCGGAGCUUGCAUUGCGCUCUACGUGCUUGUCGCCAUUGCAGCACAAGCAACAGGUGGCUCUACCUACGGCAUUGUGCCCUACUUGAGCGAACAGCACACUGGCACUGUGAAUGGAUUAGUCGGUGCUGGUGGCAACUUGGGCGGCGUGAUGUAUGGCAUUAUUUUCCGCGGCACGGACGGAUACAGUCCUGGGCUGCUAUACAUGGGCAUCAUUAUCUUGGCCUGUGCGCUAUUGACUCCAUUGCUACGGAUCUCAAGCUCGGAGCAGCAGUCGACGACGGAUGCUGGAAACCGGUCGGCCCGUGGUGGCUGCAAGGGAUCACACAGCACAGUGUACCUGGAGUUAGAAUCGGAUAUAUACACGAAGCAGUGA